UAUAGCGAAACAUAAAAUAGAUACCUGGUAGAGAUAUAUACCAGUUACUUCUGAUAGUCAGGGAACUUAACAAUGGCAAUUCGCCCUGUUUUUAAAAAGCUGCUAUAUAGCUAAUUAUUAAUUGAUUAGAACAUUAUUAACCAGAAUAGCUGAGCGUGAAUUUAGUUCUUAAUGAUCGGAUUGAUUCACUUGUAUCCUAUUUGUUAUAUAGCGAAACAUAAAAUAGUCAUAGCCGGUUUGUAAAAUGCAGUCCUUUAAGAAUGAAGAUCUCCCCCAGAAUCCUCGAGAACGAUCGAAUAUAUUUUCUGCGUUAUCCUUUUGGUAUACCAUUCCCACAUUUAUUAAGGGGAGAAAGGUCACAUUGGGUGCGAAGGACCUUUACAGGGCCUUGAAAGAGCAUAGAGCCGAGACGCUGGGCAACAAAUUAUGCACAUCCUGGCAGAAGGAACUGGAGACCUACGGGAAAAAUGCCAGUUUGCUAAGGAUUCUCUUUCGUGUAUUCGGCCAGUACUUCGUCCUCCUCGGAGUGCUUCUCCUCUUCCUGGAGGCUCUUCUAACGGUGCAGCCCAUGUUUCUUAUGGAGCUUAUAUCUAGCUUUUCCCAUUCUAGCCCGAUAUCCAAUGGAAUGGCAUAUGCCCACGCGGGCGGAGUGAUUUUGGGCUCUGCCCUAAAAGGGCUCCUUAUGCACCCGUUCUCAUUCGCCGUCACUCACCUGGGCCUUAAGAUUCGAGUGGGUGUAAGCAGCAUGAUCUACCGGAAAGGCCUUCGAUUGACCAAAACAGACCUGGGCGAAAUAUCUACCGGACAUAUAAUCAACCUAAUUUCCAAUGACCUCGGCAGAAUGGACACCUUCAUUCAGUUUACUCACUAUCUUUGGUUGGCCCCACUGCAAACUCUAUUGGUGACCUAUUUUAUGUACCAAGAAAUUGGCAUCGCUGCCGUGUUUGGCAUGGCCGUCAUGCUGCUCUUCAUACCCUUCCAAAUGUAUUUGGGCAACAAGAUUUCGAGGCUGCGUCUGAAGACCGCUCUCCGGACGGACAAACGGAUGCGGAUAAUGACUGAGAUCAUUGCUGGCAUCCAGGUAAUUAAAAUGUACGCUUGGGAGCUUCCAUUCGAGAAAAUGGUGGCCCAUGCCCGCCACAAGGAGAUCAAUGCCAUCCGGCACGUGACCUUUGCGAAAUGCCUCCUCUUGUCCUUCAACAGAUUCCUCACGCCAGUAUCCAUUUUUCUCAGUUUGGUAGGAUUUGUGCUUUUGGGCAGGUUCCUCACAGCGGAAGUGGCUUUCCUCAUCACAGCCUACUACAAUGUUGUACGCACCAACAUGACCUCAUAUUUUUCAUUGGGCAUGACGCAAACUGCAGAAACCCUCGUUUCCAUCAAGCGGGUUCAGACGUUUUUACUGUCCGGAGAGGUGGAAGCUCCUGGUAAAAAGGUAGUUUCCAACGGGGCUGAGGAAAUUUUAGAAGGGGCUAGCGAAAAACUCCUAGAGAAGCCCAGACCAAUAGGUACUCCCGAGACACCCCAACACCAUUCCGAAGAUCGCGUAGCCAUAAGUGAACUUAAAGCCAAGUGGGUCACGAACUCACCAGAUUAUACGCUUAGUGGGCUUAAUCUGCAGGUCCCCGCUGGUACGUUGCUCGCCAUUGUGGGUCACACUGGCUCCGGAAAAUCCAGUCUGAUACAAGCCAUUCUGGGGGAACUGCGUGUCGAAUCUGGAGAGAUCGAGGUUACUGGAUCGAUGUCAUACGCCUCCCAAGAGCCGUGGCUUUUUUCGGGAACAGUGCGUCAGAAUAUUCUCUUUGGCCAGCCAAUGGAUCGCCGGCGAUACGAUUUGGUGGUGAGGAAAUGCGCUUUGGAACGAGACUUGGAUCUACUUCCCUUGAAGGAUAAAACCAUAUUGGGAGACCGCGGAGCCUCGCUCUCGGGUGGCCAAAAGGCGAGAAUCAGCUUGGCAAGAUCUGUUUACCGGGAUGCCUCCAUCUACCUGCUGGAUGAUCCUCUGAGUGCGGUGGACUCCAAUGUGGCCCGUCGUCUCUUCGAAGGCUGCUUACGUGGCUAUCUGCGAGACAAGAUUGUCAUCCUGGUCACCAACCAGCUGCAGUUCCUGCAGCAGGCCGACCAGAUUGUGAUCAUGGAGAAGGGCCAGGUGAGUGCUGUGGGAACGUAUGAGUCGCUUCAAAAAUCGGGUGUAGACUUUGGCAAUGUGCUGGAAGAUCCUGUUAAUCGCAAUGAGCCGGCGGAGGACCGAUCAAUAAUCUCCAGCAUGAAUGACCAACGGCGCAGCAGUGUGAAAUCCGUGCUCUCCAAUGCGGAAUCCUGCCCAGACGAUCUGCAGGAGGAACAAAUGAAUAACCUUGAGCCCCAGGAUAUGGGUCGGAGUGGACUAGAAGUAUACGUCGAUUAUUUUAGGGCAGGAGGCGGAUUCCUAUCCUUUUUUGUGAUAAUGAGCUUUUUCGUGUGCUCCCAGGGCCUAGCCUCUCUUGGAGAUUACUUUCUGAAGCCUUGGGUCUCAGGAAAUGAGAACAUGGUUGCUCAUAACGACACAACAUAUACUAAGGAUGAGGAUAUCGAAGUGCACGCUGCAUAUAUGUUUAUGUUGAUUACAGUGCUCUCCAUUCUUGUGACCAUAAAACGAUCCUUUAUGUUCUUCAACUUGGCGAUGAAGGCCUCGACCCAUUUGCAUAACUCAAUGUUUCGGGGGAUCUCCAGAGCCCCCAUGUAUUUUUUCAACAAGAACCCUGCGGGGGGUAUCCUUAAUCGCUUCUCCAAGGACAUGGGUCAAGUGGAUGAGGUGCUGCCCUCCAUAAUGAUGACCGUCAUCCAAGACUUUCUCCUGAUUAGCGGCAAUAUUAUUGUCAUAUCCAUUGUCAAUCCCCUCUUUCUCAUACCCGCCCUGGCUUUUGGCGUAGUUAUAUACUACCUCCGAUCUUUUUAUCUCAAAACUUCGCGGGCCGUAAAACGCUUGGAGGCCAGUACUCGAUCUCCGGUUUACUCACAUUUUGCUGCUUCUCUGACUGGUCUUACCACCAUUCGUGCCUUUGGGGCUGGGAGCAUUUUGGAGGCGGAAUUUGAUAGUUACCAAGAUAUGCACAGCUCCGCCUCCUACAUGUUCAUUAGCACCUCGCGAGCCUUCGCCUAUUGGAUAGAUAUGUUCUGUGUGCUCUAUAUAGCGAUUGUCACGCUGGCCUUCUUCAUCUUUCCGCCGUCCAGUGCAGCCGGUGUGGGUCUGGCCAUAACUCAGGCCAUGGGCUUGACGAGCACGGUUCAGUGGACUGUCCGCCAGUCGACAGAGUUGGAGAACACAAUGAUUUCUGUGGAGCGGCUGAUUGAUUACGAAGAAAUUGAGCCAGAGGGCGCACUGGAAGCCCCGACUGACGGGAAAGCAACCGAGUCUUGGCCAGAGCACGGGAAAAUAGAAUUUGACGACCUGAGUCUGCGUUACGAGCCCAAUCUGAAAACAGAAAGCGUUCUAAAAUCGCUCAGUUUUGUAAUUAAGCCCAGGGAAAAAGUUGGCAUCGUGGGACGAACAGGUGCGGGAAAAUCCUCGCUGAUCAACGCUCUUUUCCGCCUGUCCUACAACGAUGGAUCUGUGCUAGUAGACGAUAAGGACACCAGCGAUAUGGGUCUGCAUGACCUUCGCAGCAAGAUCUCAAUCAUACCCCAGGAACCAGUCCUGUUCUCCGGCACAGUGCGGCACAACUUGGAUCCCUUUGAUGAGUAUGGCGAUGAAAGACUGUGGUGCGCGCUGGAGCAGGUGGAACUCAAGGAUGUUGUGGCCAAUGCGGACACUGGCCUAGAGACGAAAAUCUCCGAAGGUGGCUCAAACUUUAGCGUGGGUCAGCGCCAAUUGAUCUGCUUGGCACGGGCUAUUCUGCGGGACAACAGAAUACUUGUGAUGGACGAGGCCACCGCCAAUGUGGAUCCCCAGACGGACGCCCUAAUCCAAGCCACCAUCCGAAACAAGUUCAGGGAGUGCACCGUCCUUACCAUAGCCCAUAGAUUGCACACCAUCAUGGACUCGGACAGGGUACUGGUGAUGGAUGCCGGAAGAGUUGUGGAAUUUGGUACGCCCUUUGAGCUCCUAACUGCGGAAGACACUAAUGUCUUCCACGACUUGGUCAAGCAGAUGGGGCAGGCCACCUACGACACUCUCCUGAAGAUUUCUCAACGGGCCUUCGAAAAUUCUGACAAACCCAGCCUCAUGCUUCCAUCUUGA